CUCGUCGCUAUUGCCACCCCUGUCUCUCGCCAUGUUCUCCGGCUGAAACUUCUGCUACACUAUUUUCAAAGUUAUUCAUUCAACUUUUAUCAUAUAUAAAUUAACUGUAAUUGGUAGUUAAGAUGUCGAAUAUCUCCUACCAUAUCUCCAAUCUGUUGGAGAAAAUGACAUCUACCGACAAAGACUUUCGCUUCAUGGCCACCAAUGACCUGAUGAUGGAGCUUCAGAAGGAUUCUAUCAAGUUGGAUGAAGACAGCGAGAAGAAGGUGGUCACCAUGCUCCUGAAGCUACUGGAAGAUAAGAAUGGAGAGGUGCAGAAUCUGGCUGUCAAGUGUCUGGGUCCCUUGGUGAGCAAGGUGAAAGAGUACCAGGUUGAGAUCAUGGUGGAUACACUCUGCUCUAACAUGAUGUCAGACAAGGAACAACUCAGAGACAUCUCCAGUAUGGGUCUGAAGACAGUCAUCGCUGAGCUGCCCCCAUGCUCCGCAGGUCAGAGCCUGACUGCCAACGUGUGUAAGAAGAUCACAUCUCAGCUGAUAGGAGCCAUGGGGACACAGGAGGAUGUUUCCGUCCAACUGGAGGCCUUGGACAUCCUGUCGGACAUGUUGGGAAGGUUGAGUGGUACGUUGAUCAGCUUCCAUGCCUCCAUCCUGACCAGCCUGCUCCCCCAGCUGACCAGCCCCCGUAUGGCUGUGAGGAAGAGGGCUAUCAUGGCCCUGGGUCACCUGGUGCCCAGCUGCAGCACGACUCUCUUCACCCAGCUCACUGAGCACCUGCUGGCUGAGCUGGGCCGAGGACAGCAGACCUCCACCACACGCACCUACAUCCAGUGUCUGGCCACCGUCAGCCGCCAGGGAGGGCAUCGAGUCGGUGAGCACCUAGAGAAGAUCAUCCCCAUGGUGAUGACGUUCUGCAGUGUGGAGGACGAUGAACUCAGGGAGUACUGCUUCCAGGCCUUUGAAGCCUUCGUCCGCAGAUGCCCCAAGGAGAUGUCCCCUCAUAUAUCCACGGUGAUCAAGCUGUGUCUGAGAUACAUCACCUAUGACCCCAACUACAACUAUGAUGUGGAUGAGGGCGGGGAUGAGGACGGGGAUGAGUCCAUGGACACAGAGGACGGAGAGGAUGAGGACCAAGAGUCAGAUGACGAGUACAGUGACGAUGACGACAUGAGCUGGAAGGUACGGAGGUCGUCUGUGAAGUGUCUGGAGGCUGUGAUCAGCACAAGGAGAGACCUGCUAGUGGAGCUCUAUGGGUCAGUAGCUCCAACCCUGCUGGCUCGGUUUAAAGAGAGGGAGGAGAACGUCAAGACGGACAUCUUUGUAGCUUUUGUUGCCUUACUCAAACAGACCAGGUCUUCUCAGGGCCUCAUCACCACAGCAACAGAGCCUGGAGUCCAAGAAGACCCAGCCAUCACUCUGCUCAAGAAACAGGUCCCCACAGUAGUGAAGGCUCUCCACAAGCAGCUGAAGGAGAAGAGUAUGAAGUCUAGACAGGGCUGUUUCAGUUUGCUGACAGAGCUGGCCAACGUACUGCCAGGAGCCCUGGGAAAACACAUACCAGCUCUCAUCCCUGGUAUAGUUCACUCCCUUACAGACAAGUCUACCUCGUCCAACAUGAAGAUCGAUGCCCUCUCUUUCCUCAAUGUCCUCCUGUGCAGCCAUCCUCCUGCCGUUUUCCAGCCUCACAUGAGGGUUAUUCUGCCUCCGGUGGUGCACUGUGUGGAGGACCCCUUCUAUAAGAUCACCUCCGAAGCCCUACUGGUCACUCAGCAGAUGGUCAAGAUCAUAUGCCCGUUAGGAGAUAAACUACCCACCUUUGAUGUCAAGCCCUACGUGAAGGAUGUGUUCUCUGCCACUCUGAAGAGGCUGAAGGCUGCAGACAUUGACCAGGAAGUGAAGGAGAGGGCCAUUUCCUGUAUGGGUCACAUCGUGUGUCAACUAGGAGACCAGCUGGGCGGGGACCUCCAGCCGACACUGCAGAUCUUCCUGGAGAGACUGAAGAACGAGAUCACCAGACUGACAGCGGUGAAGACCCUGACUCUAAUCGCCACGUCGCCCCUCAGGAUCGACCUCCGACCUUUACUCACUGAGGGCAUCCCCAUCCUAGCCUCCUUCCUCAGGAAGAACCAGCGCGCCCUCAAGCUGAGCACACUGACUGCCCUCAACAUGAUAGUUAUGAACUACAGCGACAGCCUGAAGCCGCCCAUGAUCGAGGCUGUGCUCAAUGAGCUACCUGCACUGAUCGAGGAGAACGACAUGCACAUAUCCCAGGUGGCGGUGAUGCUUCUCACCUGUAUAGCUAAGGUGUGCCCCUCCUCCCUGUCCAAGAUCGGGAACACCGUCUUACCUGGUGUGUUUCAUCUGGUUCAUUCCCCGUUGCUGCAAGGAGGGGCUCUGUCGGCCAUCUUGGAGUUCUUCAAGGCCCUGGUGGUCACUAAGGCUGGGAACAUGGGAUACAACGACCUCUUGAAAGCUCUCACCGGUCCUUUCCACGGCUCAGGGAAGGCUACAGACCCCACACCCAUGCACAGACAGUCUUACUACUCUGUGGCCAGGUGUGUAGCUGCUCUAUCCUCCGUGUGCCCUAAAGAAGCAUCCGGAAUGGUCACCGGCUUCAUCCAGGAAGUCAAGAACCCCAAGUGUUCCGAGUCCGUCAGAAUCCUGUCUUUCCUGUGUCUGGGGGAGGCGGGGCGUACCAUGAACCUGGGGGGUCAGAAGGAACUAAAGACCGUGAUCCUGGAGGCCUUCUCCUCUCCCAACGAGGAAGUCAAGUCAGCCGCUUCCUGUGCUCUGGGGAACAUCUGUGUGGGCAACCUGGAGGAGUACCUUCCCUUUAUGCUGACGGAGAUAGGGAGCCAGGCUAAGAGAAGGUACCUGCUGUUACACAGCCUCAAAGAGGUGAUCAGCGCCUGCUCGACGGAGAGCUUGUUGGCCCACGUCGAGGAUAUCUGGGCUCUGCUCUUUAAGAACCGCGAGUGUGCCGAAGAGGGGACGAGGAGUGUGGUGGCGGAGUGUCUGGGGAAACUCACCAUGGUCAACCCGGCUCAGCUCUUGCCCAGGCUCAAACAACAGCUGUCCUCAGGGUCCCCUGUGGCCCGCAGUACUGUGGUCACUGCUGUUAAGUUCACCAUCGUUGAUCAGCCUGUACCUAUAGAUUCACUACUCAAAGGAUGCAUAGGUGACUUCCUGAAGACUCUGCAGGACAAAGACCCGAAUGUACGUCGUGUGGCCUUGGUGAUGUUCAACUCAGCGGCCCACAACAAACCUUCUCUGAUCCGCGGUCUGCUAGCCUCAGUACUGCCUAGCCUCUACAACGAGACACAGAUCAGGAAGGACCUCAUCAGAGAGGUGGAGAUGGGUCCGUUCAAGCACACAGUGGACGAUGGUCUGGACGUGAGAAAGGCAGCGUUUGAAUGCAUGUAUACUUUACUGGACAGCUGUCUGGACUGCUUGGACAUCUUCGAGUUCCUCGACCGCGUAGAAGAAGGCCUUAAAGACCACUACGACAUCAGAGUAAGGUUUGAGUGCAUGUAUACUUUACUGGACAGCUGUCUGGACUGCUUGGACAUCUUCGAGUUCCUCGACCGCGUAGAAGAAGACCUUAAAGACCACUACGACAUCAGAGUAAGGUUUGAGUGCAUGUAUACUUUACUGGACAGCUGUCUGGACUGCUUGGACAUCUUCGAGUUCCUCGACCGCGUAGAAGAAGGCCUUAAAGACCACUACGACAUCAGAAUGUUGACAUUCAUCAUGCUGGCCAGACUCUGCUGUCUGUGUCCCAAUGCUGUGGUCCAGAGACUGGACAGACUGAUCGAACCUCUCAGGGUUACCUGCACCACGAAGGUGAAGGCGGGGUCAGUGAAGCAGGAGUUUGAGAAGCAGGAGGAGCUGCGUCGUUCAGCGAUGAGGGCCGUGGCAGCCUUGCUCUCCAUCAGCGAGGUGGAGAAGAGCCCUGCCAUGGCCGACUUUGCCAACCAGAUACGCACCAACGCAGAGAUGGCCUCCAUCUUAGAGAGCAUUCAGGGAGACACACGCUCCAGCACAGUGGAAAGCAUGGACACCAGUUAGAACCAAAGGAUAGGAGGGGAAACCCUCCCAGCAUAAUAUGAAGUUAUUCUUUAAAAUAGAACAGAAACCGAAGCCAAUGCCCAGCAUUGUUGGCUAGAUGCAAAAUUGUAUGACUGUCAUAGGCCGUAUUCACUGCCACUGAAAUGAUUUAUAUUCUGCCUUGAAAGUUGAGUUGAAAACGUGCCAUAUUGGCUAGUCGGGAUGUCGUAGGGCCUAAUCAAUGGCAAUUAUUCAUCUGCCUUAACAAUCAACGUUUGAGAUGAAAACGUGCCUUCUGAUCAUCGAGGUCAUACUUUAUUCAAAGGACUUUUAAGCCAGUGGUAUUCAGUGCCAUUUUGGUAGGGCUGUGAUAUUGAUACAGUAUUCUCCGUGAAUACAUUGCAAAUAAACAAACGUUUUGUUCA